AUGUCUAACCGUUCUAACCAUCUUCAUUGCUUGCAGGUCACAAAGAAAAUGCGUGCCGCAGGGUCACAUUUUCAAUGAUGAGAGUUUGCCGCUCGUAUGAGUUCUUCACCUGAUCUAUUUAAAUAAAUACCUCAUGAGUAAUAUGGGAGUCAUCUCUCCGUUGUACCAUGGGGUGCUUCCCAUUGUUUCACUGUCUUUCGUGUCCAUGACAACUGAUGAAAAUAAGUAGCCUCUUUUUUAAUUCACUUGUUUAUAAAUCCAAACCGAAGAAGAAAUGACAGGUUUUUUACUACUCGGCACAAAAGGACUGCCCGAUAGGUGUAUUGACCCGAAGAGAAUCCUCCUGUUGACAACAAUCAGUAUGCUUGAAGGAGUAAAGCAGAUCGCCGCCAUGCCAACUCCAUCGACGGGAGUCAAACACCAUCAUGCACAAUGGAGCCAGUUUGACGAGAGGCCUUGCAUUGUUGAGGGUGGCAUGAUAUGGUGAUAACUGUAAUCCGCAAAAGGUGGUUCCGAUUGAUUUGCUCCUCGGUUGGAGGAAUGAAUAGGGAGUAAGCGUAUCGAUCUGGCGCCUAUGUAGUACCUGGGGUACUUGGCUGGAAUGACAGUGGCGGACACACAUGUGAGAAUGGGAGGCAGAAAGUUUUGAGUGGCU